CCAGCAAGCAUACCACACACACACACACGCAGGCAGGCUGGCAUAUACAGCAACACACCGGGAGCAUCCCCGACCGGAGGGAGCGCUCGUUUUGGUUUGACAAUCUCCGAACCACUGUGUUUAUAUUGAGUCACGUUUAAUAACAGACUGUCUCCGACGCUGCAGAAUGAUCCCGGGCCCCGCCGAGCCUUCUGGAUUCUGAGGCCCGCACAGAGAUCCACCUUGCACCGGCAGACGGACCCCUCACUGACCGCGUCGCCUCCAGCUUGCAGCCAGCCAGAAUGUCAAGUAGCCCCGAAGGAAGGCUGUCCAGGGCCGGCUGCGCCUCCGACUCUGACUUGAAAAUCGCCUCUUCGAGCAACACGUCCCCCGAGGGUGGACCUCCACCACCGCUGCACCAGAACCGUAUACGGCAGUCCGACAGUAACACCAGUUUCCUGCGGGCUGCCAGAGCCGGGAACAUAGACAAAGUCCUCGAUUUCCUGAAAAAUGGAGUAGACAUCACCACCUGUAACCAGAAUGGUCUGAAUGCACUACAUCUGGCAGCAAAGGAGGGACACAAGGAUUUAGUGGAGGAGCUGUUGGAAAGAGGAGCACCUGUUGACUCUUCCACCAAGAAAGGAAACACCGCUCUCCACAUUGCCUCACUGGCCGGACAGAAAGAAGUAGUCAGACUACUGGUGAAGAGAGGAGCAGAUGUCAACUCUCAGUCACAGAAUGGCUUUACUCCACUCUACAUGGCAGCCCAGGAGAGUCACUUGGAGGUGGUGCGAUAUCUGUUGGAAAAUGAAGGGAAUCAAAGCAUUGCAACAGAGGAUGGCUUCACUCCACUGGCCAUCGCUCUCCAGCAGGGCCACAACUCAGUGGUCUCCCUGCUGUUGGAGCACGACACCAAGGGCAAGGUCCGCCUCCCAGCCCUGCACAUCGCAGCCCGCAAAGAUGACACAAAGUCUGCCGCGCUGCUGCUCCAGAACGACCACAAUGCCGACGUCCAGUCUAAGAGUGGGUUCACCCCUCUGCACAUCGCGGCUCAUUAUGGUAACGUGAAUGUCUCCACCCUGUUGCUGAACAGAGGAGCUGCUGUGGACUUCACAGCCAGGAAUGGGAUAACGCCUCUCCAUGUGGCCUCCAAAAGAGGCAAUACCAACAUGGUGGCCCUGCUGCUGGACCGAGGGGCUCAGAUAGAUGCUAAAACCAGGGAUGGGCUGACCCCCCUGCACUGUGCAGCCAGAAGUGGACAUGACCCAGCAGUGGAAAUUCUGCUGGAGAGAGGAGCUCCCAUCCUAGCCAGAACCAAGAACGGACUGUCCCCACUGCAUAUGUCGGCCCAAGGAGACCACGUAGAGUGCGUUAAACUCCUGCUGCAGCACAAGGCGCCUGUUGAUGAUGUCACACUGGACUACCUUACAGCGCUGCAUGUCGCCGCUCACUGUGGCCACUACAGAGUCACCAAGCUUCUGCUGGACAAGAAGGCCAAUCCCAAUGUCAGAGCACUGAACGGUUUCACUCCUCUCCAUAUUGCUUGUAAGAAGAACAGAGUGAAGGUGAUGGAACUGUUGGUCAAAUAUGGAGCCUCCAUUCAGGCCAUUACUGAGUCUGGUCUGACGCCUAUCCAUGUAUCUGCCUUCAUGGGCCACCUCAACAUUGUUUUACUUCUGCUACAGAAUGGAGCAUCUCCAGACGUCCGUAACAUUCGUGGUGAGACUGCGCUCCACAUGGCAGCACGAGCAGGUCAGAUGGAAGUGGUUCGCUGUUUGCUGAGGAACGGAGCGUUAGUGGAUGCCAUGGCCAGGGAGGACCAGACUCCCCUCCACAUUGCUUCCCGUUUGGGGAAAACUGAUAUUGUCCAGUUGCUGCUGCAGCACAUGGCUCAUCCAGAUGCUGCCACCACCAACGGCUACACUCCCCUCCACAUUUCAGCCAGGGAGGGCCAGGUAGAGACUGCUGCUGUGCUGCUGGAAGCCGGAGCCUCACAUUCACUGGCCACGAAGAAAGGAUUCACUCCAUUACAUGUAGCAGCUAAGUAUGGAAGCCUUGAUGUAGCACAACUUCUCCUUCAACGCAAAGCUCUCACUGAUGAUGCUGGCAAGAAUGGCCUAACUCCACUACAUGUGGCAUCUCAUUAUGACAACCAAGACGUAGCUCUGCUGCUGCUGGAUAAAGGGGCCUCGCCUCAUGCUACUGCAAAGAAUGGCUACACUCCUCUUCACAUUGCAGCCAAAAAGAACCAGACAAACAUUGCAUUAGCGCUGCUGCAGUAUGGAGCAGAGACCAACAUUCUCACCAAGCAGGGAGUCAGCCCUCUACACCUGGCAGCCCAGGAAGGACACGCUGAGAUGGCCAGCCUGCUACUGGGCAAAGGAGCUCACGUCAACGCAGUCACCAAGAGCGGACUGACCCCUCUGCAUCUCGCAGCCCAAGAAGACAGGGUGAAUGCAGCAGAAGUACUGGCCAAACAUGAUGCCAACUUGGAUCAGCAAACUAAACUUGGAUACACUCCUCUAAUAGUGGCCUGUCACUAUGGAAAUGCCAAGAUUGUCAACUUCCUGUUACAACAAGGUGCCAGCGUCAAUGCCAAAACCAAGAAUGGAUACACACCUCUUCACCAGGCAGCACAACAAGGGAACACACACAUCAUUAAUGUGUUGCUACAGCAUGGCGCCAAGCCCAAUGCUACCACUGUAAAUGGAAACACGGCUCUGUCUAUUGCCAGACGUCUGGGUUACAUCUCUGUAGUGGACACACUGAAAGUUGUCACAGAGGAGGUCAUCACUACCACAACGACGGUCACAGAGAAACACAAGCUCAAUGUCCCUGAGACCAUGACUGAGAUCCUCGAUGUGUCUGAUGAAGAAGGUGAGGACACUAUGACAGGUGAUGGAGGAGAAUAUCUGAGAGCAGAGGAUCUAAGAGAACUGGGAGACGACUCUCUGCCAGGACACUACCUGGACGGCUUCAGCUACAUGAGCCACAACCUAGACAGGUCGCAGCACACUCCCAUUCACCAAAGUUUCCAUCAGAGAGAGGGAGUUCUCAUCGAAGACAUGCUUACAAGUCACCAGGUAUCAGCGCUGUCUAGAGAGCACGAAAAGGACUCAUUUCGUCUGAGCUGGGGUGCUGAGCACCUUGAUAAUGUGGUCCUGUCCUCCAGUCUUCUACACUCUGGCUUCCUGGUCAGCUUCAUGGUAGAUGCCAGGGGCGGGGCCAUGCGCGGUUGCCGUCACAAUGGCCUGCGAAUCAUCGUACCACCACGAAAGUGUUCUGCACCCACGCGGGUGACAUGCAGGCUGGUGAAAAGACACCGUCUGGCCUCUAUGCCUCCUAUGGUGGAGGGUGAGGGGCUGGCUGGUCGCAUCAUAGAAGUGGGACCCACUGGAGCCCAGUUCCUGGGGCCUGUGAUUGUGGAGAUACCCCAUUUUGCAGCUCUGCGGGGCACAGAGAGAGAGUUAGUGAUCUUGAGGAGUGAAACAGGGGAGAGCUGGAGGGAACACCACUGUGACUUCACUGAAGAGGAACUGAACCAGAUACUUAAUGGAAUGGAUGAAAAACUUGAUUCCCCUGAGGAGCUUGAAAAGAAAAGAAUAUGCCGCAUCAUCACGCGAGACUUCCCACAGUAUUUUGCAGUGGUGUCACGGAUAAAGCAGGACAGUCAUUUGAUUGGACCAGAGGGCGGGGUCCUCAGUAGUACUCUUGUGCCUCAGGUCCAGGCUGUCUUCCCUGAAGGCGCCCUCACCAAGAAGAUCAGAGUUGGGCUACAGGCUCAGCCCAUUGAUGUAGAGGUGGUGAGAAAGAUUCUUGGUAUGAAAGCCACAUUCAGCUCAAUUGUCACAUUGGAGCCAAGACGGAGGAAGUUCCACAAACCAAUCACCAUGACAAUCCCUAUCCCCAAGAGCUCCAACAGUGACGGGCCAAGCACAGAGUUCAGUGGGGAAACCCCCACCUUACGUUUGCUUUGCAGCAUUACAGGUGGAACCACUCCUGCCCAAUGGGAGGACAUCACCGGCUCUACACCUCUUACCUUUGUUAACCAAUGUGUUUCAUUCACCACAAAUGUGUCAGCGAGAUUCUGGCUGAUAGACUGCAGACAGAUCCAGGAGUCUGUUAGUUUUGCCUCUCAGCUGUACAGAGAGAUCAUCUGUGUUCCAUACAUGGCCAAAUUUGUCAUUUUUGCUAAAACACUGGACCCCAUUGAGGCCCGCCUACGCUGUUUCUGCAUGACAGACGACAAGAUGGACAAGACCCUAGAGCAGCAAGAGAACUUCACUGAAGUUGCCCGUAGUCGAGAUGUUGAGGUGCUAGAGGGAAAACCUAUAUUUGCUGACUGCUUUGGAAACCUGGUGCCUCUUACCAAGAGUGGACAGCACCAUGUGUUCAGCUUCUUUGCCUUCAAGGAAAACCGACUAGCUCUCUUCAUCAAAAUUAGAGACACAGCACAGGAGCCAUGUGGUCGCCUGUCCUUCACCAAGGAGCCACGCACGUACCGUAGUCUUACCCACAAUGCUAUCUGCAACCUUAACAUCACUCUCCCAACAUACUCAAAGGAGUCUGAUUCAGACCAAGAUGCAGAUGAUGAGAGUGAGAAGAGUGACAAGAAAUUGGAUUGGCAGGAUGAUGCUGACAGGAAAGAGGAGACACUAGCUAUCAUUGCAGAUCUCCUUGGCUUCAGCUGGACUGAGCUGGCAAGAGAACUGGAAUUCAGUGAGGAUGAUAUCCAAUUAGUAAGAACAGACAAUCCUAAUUCUCUCCAAGAGCAGAGCCAUGCCUUGCUGCAGCGCUGGGUUGAGCGGGAAGGCAAACAUGCCACAGAAGACUGUCUGAUUAAGAGACUAACCAAGAUAAACCGCAUGGACAUCGUCCAUCUUAUUGAAACCCAGAUGAACAAGUCAGUUCAAGAACAAACAUCUCGAACUUAUGCAGAAAUAGAGAAGACACUGGAUCACAGUGAAGUGUCAGUAGCCCUUUCUUCAGUGCAAGAGGAUGCAGACAGCCCCAGAGUUGUGAGAAGGGUGGAGUCAGACCGCAGACCACCCCCAGCUGUUUCUGAAGAGGAUCUCUCAGUUGCUUCCCUACUGGAUAUUCCUUCCUGGGCAGAGCCUAUUGGUCACACUCACUCAGAGAGCAUGCACGGUGACCUGUUGGAGGACCUAGAGAUCCCACAUGAAUUGAACCCUAACCUGUGGACUUCUGAGGAUGUAAUUGCACAAGAACCUACAACUUACGACAACUCAGAUGAGCAAGUAAGUACACUCCUCAUUUCAAAAGAAGCAGCAUUGGAGAGUCAAGGAACUCAGGUUUAUGACCCCAAAGUGAAAGACCAGCAAGAUUGCUGCAGUGUUGAAGCUGAUUUCAUCAGGCCUUUCCAAGGUGGCGCUCACUGCCAAGUCAAAGAUGACUGCAGCCAAACCUUACCAUUGAAGCAGCGUGAUUGUGAAGAUGAGCGAGGGCGAUCAUAUGAAAUCCUGAAGUUAUCAUCCAUAUCUAUCAGAGACUUUGGCCUGAGCCUAUCAGAAUCAGACCAGGCUGAAACUGACUUCAGUGAGCUUUGUGAUGAGUUUAGCUAUGCAACACAACUUGGCAAAACAGACACAGCUAAAUCCACUCUCGGAAGCAUCUCUGACCUUCUGUUAGUUUUGUCACCACAGGACCACCAAGCAACUCUGGCCAUAACUGAAGAUGACACAGAUGUAGUUAAAAAAAACAGGCUCUCUCAGAAGGUCCCACAGGUUUCUAGUGGGGAUAUGGGCUUCAAGCCCAAGGAAGAAAACACAAAACCCCAAGUAUACACUGAUGGGUGUACGAAAAACAUGCCUUUCAUUGAUGAUGAUGAUGUCCAGUCAAUUGAACACAGUAUUUCUACAGCUAAGUACAGCAUGAUGAAAUCAUACAAAAUGAAAGUACCAAAAACCGAUUUGCCACAUGUGACAUGUGACUCAACUGAUAGGCACUGUAAUUACUAUUCUGUUAGUCCAGACAGUGACCAUGUCAUAGUUAGGGCAAAAAGAAAAGGUCUUUUCCUACCUGUCACCCAUCUUGCACCCCAAUCACCUGAUCAAGAUGUGACAUUAGCUUCCACUUUUCUGGAAUACAGCCCUUUGACCCCUGAUUCUUUGGCAUCUGAGGAUCAGUGUGGCUCAUUUUCACCAGUUGAUGAAACAGGUCUCUUCCUUUCAGAGGCAUGGAUAUUAAAUGACCCCAUACAUAGACUGUCAUCUCCUGACUCUGUCAUGUCAAUUUCUGAUUAUAGGGCAAUGUCACCUGACUCUCCAUUGGGAGAAAAGGGGGUCUUCCCUGACUUUUCCAGUAUACUGGAUGACAACCGGGCACUCUCUCCCAGAUCAGAUGUACAUAGUUCAGCAGAAGUUACAAUUAAUUUAACUGAAAAUAAAUUACACCCCAAUCAAAGACAUACAUUUGAAUGUAAACCACAGUUUGAAAGUUCAAAAGAUUUUUCAACUGCUGAAAUUUUACAGUCCCUUUGUUCUGACUCCUUUGAGUCUUGGAAUAAGUAUAGGCCACUGUCCCCUGACUCUCAACUACCUAAAUAUAGUCCUACACCUGAAGGUCCACAGGUAAAGGGAGGGUUUAGAGCAUUCUCACCUUUGACACCAGAUACUGAGUGUGAGAAGUUAUUGUGUCACGUUUCUUCUGUUAGAAGUGCAUCUUCACCUGACUCAGUUACAAAUAUUCAUGGAUUUGGGCCUUCAAAUAAGGACUGCCGACCAACCUCGCCAGAUUCUCAGGCUUCUCAGUGCAGUUUCUCAUUUCUUGAACUCUUGCUCUCUGAACCUGUCCGAGAACAACUUAUGAGUCAAUAUUGUGAUUAUUAUUUACUAUAUUCAGGAGAAAAUCCACCCUCACCACUGCUGAUGUCAGCCCCAAAACCAGAUGAGGAAAUUAGUACAUCUUUCCUUGAUUACUGGUUUUCUAACUUGAAACCACAAUCUUCUGAAUACAUACCAUCACCAGAUGAGUCAGAUAAUCAUUUAACAAAUAUUAGACAAGACACCUCAGAACACAGUAAAUUACAAGAAUCCACUGAUUUGUAUUGCAUGAAAGACGCAUCCAAAAGACCACCAUGCUCAGAACACAGAAAUCACAAACAAUCUGUUGAUACUUGUCAUAUGUACAGUCAUGUACCAGUACCAAAACCAAUGGUUUUUAACUUAGUUGAGAGACAAAACUACAUGUUAGAGUUUCCAAAUACUGUGGUUCAAAGGUUAAACACUGGAGAGUCAUUACUUAAAACUGAAAGCACAGAGUGUAAGUAUACAUUAUUUGGUGGCAAGACAUUAAACCAACAAUUACAGGUCUCAAGUAAAUCUGUUCAAAACAUAUUGGGUGAAACAAAACAGGAUUCUCAAAAGUCAAGAUGUCUUUCAGACUUCACGGUGGACUGGUUGUUAGACUUUAGAGCAUCCUCCCCAGAAUCUGUUGUGUCAGUUGAUCAGCGCUGUUUGUCUCCUCGGAUGACAUUUGGCCAGAUUAAUAGUCAACAUUGUAACUAUUACUUACAGUACUCUGACAGUAGACCCAUAUCACCUAUUUCAACAACGUCAGAUGUUGAGUAUUCUGGAUUUUAUCUUGAGGACUUGUUUGACGACCACAGACCAGAUUCACCAGACUCAUUUUAUUCACGAAUUGAAGCUAAGCACCCUGUAAGUACAUCCCCACUACUUUCUGCUGAAAGUUCUUGGACAUAUGGAUAUAUUAUGCAGGGUAUUAGGAUUGAAAAACAAUUUCCUUCUGCUUUUGAAGAAACCCUCCCCCAAAAAAAGAUCUCAGCUGAAUCCAUGUCAUCAGACUCCAAAACAACUAAGGCAUACCUGGCAAGACACAAGCCUGUCUUUAACAAUUUAAUAUCACAUUUGUAUGAUCCAAUAUAUAUGGGAAAAUGUUGUUUUACACCACAAAAACAUUUUCAACCUACUGAAGGCACAGCAGUACUACAACCACUUGUAUAUGAGCAUAAAUGUACAGACCCUGAAUCACAAUUAAAGAUGACACACACUCAAGAUUUGUUUUCCAAGAACAUGAAAAGAAAAUCCAUGAGUGAGGAAGAAAGCAAAAGUUCAUUGGUGCCGGUAUCAACAGCAUCUUUCAAGACAAAUGUUUCAGAAUCUUCGAAACAAAAAAAUGUUCCUUUAGGACUGAGUCAGGUGUUUCCAACCGAGACACCAUCCGUGGCACAUGAUCCAAACACACUUUCCACUGAAAAACACGAAUUACCAAUUCCAGGUACCUUUGGCCUAAGUAAAACACAACCUGAAAUCACAUUGACCAAUUUAAGUUGCUUACCACAGCAAAAAGAUGAAAAGAUGUCAUUCUCCAAACAAAGUGAAAAUUGUGGCUUUGCUAAACCAAGCUCUGUGACCCCAGACUCAUUCUGUCAAACGGCUCAAGAUGGUCUAGAUGACCAAAUGAUCAUGUCCUCAAAGUCCACUCCAACGCCACCAGGGUCUGGGUCCCCUCAGCUUGACCAACUGCUGUCAGAUCUGGAGGAGAUGAAACUUAAGUUUAGACCAGAGACACUUGAUCCAGCUCUGUCAGAAUCCAGUGAUGAAAGCCCUGAAAGUGAUCAUACUUACAACUUUGAAUACCUUUCACCUAAAGAUCAAUGCCCUACAGAAGAUACUGAUACCCAGAAAGUUAGCAUGUUAUGUGUUAUACAGCCUGCAGAAGAUACUAACCACACAAAUUUAGCAGUCACAGAGCCUACACAUUUCCAGACAUCCAUUCAAGAUGAACCUGAAAAAGUCCCAGUCACUCCUGAUCUAACAAAAUCCUCUGAGACAAGUAAACCAUCAAGUCUUGUUAUUUGUAAAGAUAGUCCUGUAUCUCCUACCGACUCCCCUUUAAUUCCUGAAUCUCCUCAAAGAUUUUGUGAAGUGAUGGAACCAUCACUGAACUCAAGUUUUACAUUGGACAUAUAUCAGUCCAGCAAAUAUGAUAAAAAUUCUACUGAGACAUUUUCUGCAGUGACUUCCCCCGAGGAAGCUGCAAAGAGUCAAUCUGACAAACCUGAGGAACCUCUGGCUAAUCUUUGUGAGGAAGAUUCUACAACUGACAUUUUACAAAGUCAAGAUGAACUUGAAUCAGCUAUAUCAUCUAAUGACUCAAGGGCUAAGACUGAAGAAAUAUCAACACAGAGUACCCAAGAUCAAAUUCCAUAUUUAUGGGAAGCAACUUCUGUUGAGGUCAGUCAGAGUGAAGAUUUCUCAUCUCAGUCGCUUUCUGAUUUGACUCCAGAGACAGUCACAUCUGCAAGACAUUUUUGCUUUGAGGAACUGAUAUCGUACCCCUCCCCAGGGAACUUAGAGACAUCCUCAGAUGAGGAUAAGCCAAGGACCAGUGGACCACAUUCAGAAGAGUCUCUGACUCCAGUAGACUCUGAGGGUUUUCAACCCUCUUCAAUUACACUAAAAGCAGAGAUAACUUUAUCUAAUGGCUCAAGGGCUGAGACUGAAGAAAUAUCAACACAGAGUACCCAAAAUCAAAUUCCAUAUUUAUGGGAGGCAACUUCUGUGGAAGUCAGUCAGAGUGAAGAUUUCUCUUCUCAGUCUCUUUCUGAUUUGACUCCAGAGAUAGUUACAUCUGCAAGACAUUUUUGCUUUGAAGAACUGAUACCGUACCCCUCCCCAGGAAACUUAGAGACAUCCUCAGAUGAGGAUAAGCCAAGGACCAGUGGACCGCAAUCAGAAGAGUCUCUGACUCCAGUAGACUCUGAGUGUUUUCAGCCAACUUCAAUUAAACUUAAAGCAGAGAUGACUUCAUCAACCUCUGAUGAGGAGUACAGCAUCCCACCCGGGUAUGCAGAGACCCGUUCUAUCACAACCAUCUACAUCCACAUGCCUCCAGAAUACGCAGAAGUUGUGCAUAGUGGUGCAGACAGCCCAACCUUUGAAUACUCUGACCCAGACCCUUAUUUUGACGCCAAACAAGCUGCAUCAGAUUUCUCAGAGACUGAACCCGAUGAAGCUGGUCCAUGUACUAGGUCAAUUGGAGAUCAGCCCCAUGAGCAUCUCAGCCAUCCUACAGUGCUAGAAAAGGUGAAUGAAAGAGUCCUGUUGUCCUCUGGAAGUGAAGAUUAUGAGGAUGCUCCUUCUGUCCAUGAGCCUCUUCAUAAUUUAUAUGAAGAGAACGAACAAUUGUUACACUAUUCAGAAGCAUCGGAUGAAGAAUUCACCUUGUGCGAGGCUUCACAACCGCCUCCUGUCUGUGAAAUUGGGUCAUAUGAUGAUACUGAUAAAUAUCUAACAAGGGAAAUCACAGCAGAACUCGGAUCAAUGUCAGAAAGUUCAGAUGAUGAAUUUUUGACCACCAGAAUAGUGCGAAGGAGAGUUGUCAUUCAGGCUGAUGAAAUGCCUGACCUCCCCACUCAGUCAGUGACGGAAGAAAAGUACAAAGAUGAAAAUGGGCAUCUAGUUGUCAAAAAGGUCACCCGUAAAAUUAUUCGAAAGUGUGUUUCCGUGGACGGUCUGGAGGAUGAACAGGUGUCCUUAGAAGGAGCUCCCCAGGGAUCCAUCAGUAUGGCAGAAGGAGAUGGAUAUUCUAAGGUGGUGAAGCGGACUCUUCUGAAGAGUGAGGGAGACUACACAGAGGUAACAUUUGCUGAAUGCGAAGGUUUAUCAACAUCAAGGCAAGAGACAGCUGAAGGUUGUAAGGUCAGUCGCGUAGAAAGGACAACAGUGGUGGAGGGUGAAAGGACAAUGACACACCAGGGUGAUCCAUCUUUGGCUUCUGACCUUCCCUCAGCCCAAGACGACUUCAAACAGGCACUAGGUUAUAUAAGUGGUUUUAGCAGAACAGAGCUCCCUCAUGUGGUAGAGAGGGAGACUGUCAAAGAAGAUGGAACUGUGGUCAGGAGGGCCCGCAUGCGUAAAGGUCGCACCCUCAGACGAACAGUGGUGAAGGGAGCUGGGCAGCGCAAACAGGUCCUUCUAGAGCAAGUGGACAACCCCAGAAAAGGGUCGAAACCACAUGAUCUACAGCAGCAUCUCCGCCAGCUCUUUCACCGCUACUAUGAAGAAGAAAAGGAGGACAAUGAUGAGGAUGAUGAGGAUGAGGAAGAGUAGAAGAAUGUAACACUCUCCCCAGCUCCCCCCUGAUCCUAUGCAUUAGCCACAUGCAAUCCUAGUGUGCACCUCAAAGCUACCACAGUCUUCCCAUUUAAGUCGUGGAAGAUGACCUUUUGUUCACAAUUUGGAGUUUUCUUCCCUGGCUUCUAUAACGUAUUCAUGAUUUUCUUUUCAUGUUCUGAUGUUGUUUUGCCUUUUUGUGACCAAAGAGAGCCUUCUGAUGUUUUCCUGAUUUAUUUUACUUUCCAUGUCAGAAUUGUCUGUGAUAUUUUUUGUCUUGAUGCUGUGGUAGAGCAACAACAAAAAGAAAACAGGAAUACAAUUCACAUCAACUAACUCACAAACCUCCUGAAGUCAAAGAGAACACUUUUCCUGCAAAAUACUGGUACUACUCUCUGAGUAGGUGCUUGGACUGAAAGACAAUAUAUCUCACACUACACUGCCUCUCACAACCAGAGUUUCUCAGAUAUUCCUUGCUUAAAAACUGUCUCACUCACUGUACUAGCCUCUCCGCUCUUUUGAUUCAGGUGGUCAAGAUGUCACACAGAGAAAACCAGACCGUAUCGACACUGAAUUUAACUGCUGCUGCUGUGUUUUGUGUAGGCUAUGUGUAAUCUGUCUUUGGGAAUUAUAUAUUAUCUAUAAUAUAGACAUUACUGACAUCAGUAGCCUAGGAAUUAAUAAUCACUUGUGUGAAGUAGAGCAGGCAUGACUAAUCAACGUCUGUCAUUAUGAUCCUAGCUUUGACUGCUUUGUAGUUCUAUGGAUUGCCCUUCUGCCUUUCUUUCCCUUCUGUGUGUGUCUUUCAUUCUGUUAUUAUGUUUGAUUCUAUUAGUUUUUUUGGAAUUUUAAAUUGUUGAUCUUUACUCAUACUGUAUGAAUGGUGGAUGUGAGUGAGGCUGUACUGUAGGUAAUGUAUGUGUCCAUGCAUGUGUUGAGUUACAUACUGCAUUAUCAGCUUGUUUGAAGAGGUUAUUGUCAAAAUUAUUUAGUUAUUUGAAGAUGUUUUAUUUUACAGUUUUGUUUUUUUUUAAUUUUGAGUUUAAUUUACUAGUGAGUAUAGAGGACUUAUUUAAGCUUUGUUUGAAUAUCAGUGAGAGGUUUCUAUCUAUUUAUUGAAUUUGUCACUGGUGACUAAAUCAUCACAGCUGUUUUGGAGACACUUCUCUGAUAUGGCAUUUGUGGUAAGGUGAUCAGGUGUUUUUGCUUUUAUUUCAUGUUUUAAUCUUUUAUUAGUUUGUCUUUUAAACAAGAAAGUGUUGGACCAGGUGUUGGCAGUUGUGUGGUGUGUGUUUGCGAGUGAAUGAGUCUGUAAGUGUAGUAAAAGAGUGUGUGCUAGUGUCAGCAAAGAAAAGAAAGAUUUAUUUUACACAAACCGCAUUUGCACUCCUGAAUGUCAGGAGGGAACACCUCCAUGCUUUUGUGCACAGGAUAUGAGAGGUACAAUAUAUCUUGUUCACAGAGAGAGUCUCAUGUUGGCGGGACAGAUGAUAAAAUACAAGAUUACGUUACACACGUAAUGAAGCAGGUUGAGAGCUUAAAUAUAGCAUUAUUCACAGCUCUGAGCAUCGCUACUGUAUGUAUCUACAACAUGUAAUGUAUUUAUUUCACUAUCACUGUUUACUUUGUGAUUUAGAAAAAUGUAAAAUGCAAACUAGUGGAAGUUCACUGUGACAGGUAUGCUUUUAAUUUAAAUCAGCAUCCCUUUUCUGUGAUGAUGACAGUUAUACACAUAUACAAUGCAUAUAUAAAUAUCUAUAGGGCAUGUAUUACUGUAUCAAAAUUCAAAAAGACAAAAAAUGGCUGCAGUGUGUCUAUGGCUGAUAGAGAAUAAAAGUCUACAAAUGUA